AUGAACUUGCCAGUGGAUAUUUUCCAUAUCCUUAAUAUAUUUGUACGAGAAUAUAAGUUCCUAUUGUAUUUAUUGUGGCAAUGUGCUCACAAUUGA